UCUUCAUUAUUCUCUCAAACUCAUCAUUCCUCUCUCUCUCUCAUUCAAUGGAAGAAACUCUAGCCACUCCCGACACCACGAGACGCUCUCUGUCACCGUCGUGCUCAGCCGCCGUGAAAUCACGCGCUGCUGGUUUCGAGCGCAGAACCAAACGGAGAUUGUCAGAGACUAACGCAAGCGUACGUGAAGACCGGGAAGAGGAAGAAGAAGAAGAAGACGAGGUAAAGGAAAAGAUUGAGGCGUUGCAGAGAAUUAUCCCCGGAGGAACGGCGCUUGGUGUGGACGCGCUCUUCGAAGAGACAGCUGGUUACAUUAUGUCUCUACAAUGUCAGAUCAAAACCAUUAAAGUUCUUACUUCGUUUCUCCAACGCGUAGAUCAAGAAGACAUGAAGUUCGGAGAUGAGACGGUGGCAGAGGUGGCGGAAUUGAAGAAAGUGUUAAUGGAUAAAGGUGAGAGCUUUGAGAGUUUGAGGAAAGUGAGAGGUGAGAUUGAGAAGAGAGUUAGGGAUUUGGAUUGGAGAACUGGGGUUUUGGAAGUGAAGGAGGUGGAGGAGAAGAGCAAGAACUUAAGAGUAGAAGAAGAUUUUAGAGGGAUAGAUGUGGGAGAAUUGGGGAAUUGCAGGUCUGAGAAGAAUUUCACAGAGGAAGCUUUGAGUGAAUCACAGAAAAUGGCAAUGGAGAUGGAGUUGAACAAGGUUGAAGAAGCUAAGAAAACGCUAGCUUUGUUGAACGAGAGGAACUUGGAGCCUACUAAUGGAGUCCGAGCUACAAAGGAUGUUGCUUGUAUGGUUAUGGAAAGAUUUACUUGGAUGGAGAAUUACAGUGGCAGUGGUUGCUGCUGGUUCAGUUGGAGUUGCUGGUUUGGUGGCAGCGACAUUGUUCGUAUGCUAUUCAAAACGAAUGUGAUUUGGUAAUAUGGAGCGUAGGAUUAGCUGAAGACCGUUACUUUUCGCAGUUUCACAGUCAUAUAGGUGCCCAAGAUUUUGCUUGGCUUUGGUGUUUUUGAGGUUUUUGUUUGUUUGAGGUAAUUGGUUAUCUUCGGCUUUUAGGCUAAGAAUGCACUUGAUAACGGUUGGUCAUCACAUGUUGCUUUUCUUUUCAAAUAGUUUGUAGUCUUCUGUUUACUAAAUUACAAAUAGAAACAUUUUGUUAAU